AAAAUAAAAAAAGGAAAACCAAACAAGACGAACCCUAAAUUCAACAUUGGAACACUAAACAGAACAAAAGCUGUGAACUACGGAGUAGUAUGAAAUGACUUUUAUCACUCCAAAGCUUGAAUCUUUGAACCAAACAAACAACAUGACCAACGCCACAACCACCAAUCCUACCUCUGUACCUCCUCCCACCACUACAGAAACCACUGCCACAGCCCCAAACAACACCGCCACCAACAACAAUAACAAUGCAACCUCCGACGAUGUCUCCACCCCAUCAAACCCUCUCUCACCUCCUCCACCAGAUGAUGACACCACAACCACGACCUCCGAAGUACCCAUCAUCCCUAAACGCCGCCGCAAGCGUAAACAUUACCAAGGCACAAUCUCCAUGGUCCUCCGACCUCACUCUUCCUCUCGCUACUCCUCCUCUCUCCUAGACUCCCUCUCUUUCUCUCUCCCUCGCCGCCGCCGCCGCCAUAACGACCUCGCCAAAGAUCCUCCUCCCCUCGACGUCGACGCCCUCAUCGCAAUCUCCGUCGGAUUCCCAAUAGAUUCUCUCACCGAAGAAGAAAUUGACGAUGCCGUUAUCCCAACUCUUGGAAGUGCCGACCAAUCUCAUUACAUCAGUGUGAGAAACCUAAUACUGUCUAAAUGGAGGUCCAAUGUUUCCUCUCUCGUCACGCGCGAUCACGUGAUGGAGUCUGCUCGACCGGAGCAUCGGCAUCUUGUAGAUGCCGCACUCAGCUUCCUUGUUAAUCGUGGGUACAUCAAUUUUGGACUUGCCCCUGAGAUUAAGGAAGGGAAACCGUGCGGCAACAAUGGUGAUCUCGUGGGCGGGUCCAACAUUGUUAUUAUCGGGGCGGGUUUGGCAGGUCUUUGUGCGGCCCGUCAGCUCCGGUCCAUGGGGUUCAAGGUUGUGCUUCUAGAAGGUAGGGCACGACCCGGUGGAAGGGUCCGCACCCGAAAGAUGACCGGGCAAGAAGGCGGUGUCGUGGGAGCUGCCGAUUUGGGUGGUAGCGUGCUAACCGGGAUCAACGGUAACCCGCUCGGAGUUCUGGCCCGGCAAUUGGGCUUUCCUCUUCAUAAGGUAAGAGAUGUUUGUCCCCUUUAUUUACCAAACGGAAAAGCUGUUGAUUCAGAAGUAGAUUCUAGUGUUGAAGCUGCAUUUAACAAACUAUUAGAUAGGGUUUGUAAUCUUAGACAAGUUAUGUUAGAAGAAAUGAAAUGUGUAGAUGUAUCACUUGGAACUGCAUUAGAGGCUUUUAGGAAGGUUGUUAAUUUAGGUGAUGAUCCACAAGAAAAAAUGCUAUUGAAUUGGCAUUUAGCUAAUCUAGAGUAUGCUAAUGCUUCAUUAAUGUCCAAUUUAUCAAUGGCGUUUUGGGAUCAAGAUGACCCGUAUGAGAUGGGUGGGGAUCACUGUUUUAUCCCGGGUGGUAACGAGAGGUUUAUCCGUGCCUUGGCGGAGGAUUUACCCAUAUUUUACAACCGCACCGUGGAUAGCAUUAGGUAUGGGGACGACGGGGUGUUGGUUUAUGCGGGUGGGCAGGAGUUCCGGGCGGAUAUGGUCCUAUGUACUGUGCCAUUAGGAGUUUUGAAGAAGGGGCAUAUCGAGUUUGUACCUCCCUUACCUCAGAAGAAGAAGGAUGCAAUUGAUAGGUUAGGGUUUGGGUUGUUGAAUAAGGUUGCAAUGUUGUUCCCUUACAAUUUUUGGGGCCGGGAACUUGAUACAUUCGGGCAUUUGUCAGAGGACCCUUCUAGGAGGGGUGAAUUCUUUUUGUUCUAUAGCUAUUCCUCGGUUUCAGGUGGGCCUCUUUUGGUAGCCCUUGUUGCAGGGGAGGCGGCCAUAGAGUUUGAGAAGUCGUCCCCUGUGGAUUCAGUGGGUAGGGUUAUGGAUAUCUUGAGGGGGAUAUUUUACCCAAAAGGAGUGGAUGUUCCGGAUCCUGUUCAGGCAGUUUGUACCCGGUGGGGUCAAGACCGUUUCACAUAUGGAUCUUAUUCGUAUGUUGCAAUCGGGUCAUCUGGUGAUGAUUAUGAUAUUCUUGCAGAAAGUAUAGGGAACGGUAGGGUUUUCUUUGCCGGGGAGGCGACUAACAGGCAGUACCCUGCUACUAUGCAUGGUGCUUUCCUUAGUGGAAUGAGGGAGGCUGCCAAUAUACUCAAGGCUGCUAAAAGGCGAUCAGUGAUUCCUGCCAACAACAAAGAAAGUUUUACUUCCGAGAAUAUCGAGGAUCUGAGUCGGUUAUUUAUGAAACCGGACAUGCAAUUUGGGAGCUUUUCUGUUAUGUUCGAUCCAAAUUCAGAUGAUCCCGAAUCUCAUUCGCUGUUGAGAGUUGAGUUUCGAGGGGAGAAACUUGAAACGGGUGGUCUGUAUCUGUACGGUCUGAUUUCAAGGUGUCAAGCUAUGGAGUUGAGCAAGGUUGAUGGUGAUAUGGAUAGGUUAACUGUGUUGAAUGAGAGAUUUGGUUUGCGAUUAGUGGGUAAAAAAGGAUUGUGUCCUGCUGCAAUAUCAAUUGUUGCAGCUGUUAGAGCAAAAGCAUGCUCUGAAGAAGGAUCAUGAUGUUCAAUGUACAUCUGAAAUGGGAAGAAUUGUAAGUUAAAAACAAUUGACAUAGAACUAUACAAGUGCAAUGUUGUACAUUAGUGUUUCUAGGAUGAGCAAAUAACUCGAUUGCUUAUCAGAGUAGACAAAUUUUUAUGUUAGGAUAGGUAAUUUAUGGUAUUAAGCUGAUUUAUUUUCAUGUUGUGACUAAUUGAUCAGGAUGUGACCUUGACAAAUUCAGUGAUGAAUGUAUGAUAAUAUGGUAUUUGCCUA